AUUUUCUAGAAGCUUAUACAAUACACAUUGGCAGAAUGGAAAGGAACGAAAAUAAUACUUUAGACGUUUUAUAUCGCAGUAAUAAUUUUUUAGUAGUAAAUAAGCCAUACGAUUUGGUUAUAAACAGUAAUAACCGGGAUUUUAAAUCCACCUUACAAACGGAAGUACAAAUGAUGUUCCCUGAACUGGUCAAUCCAGAGCUACGACACGAAUUUCAUUUUGUUCAUCGACUUGACUAUGCUACAAGUGGAGUUAUUUGCUUGGCUCUCAAUAAGCAGGCUGCUAAAGCAGCCACCACUGCCUUUGAAAAUAGAAAAGCAAAGAAGUACUAUUUAGCUCUAGUCCACGGACAUAUAAACAAAACCCAUGUUAUCAUUUCGGAGCCAAUCGGAGAAGAUAUUCGCGAAAAGAAUGGAAAUCAUAGGAUGUGCACAGGAGGUAGUGCCUUCUGUGAACGGCCUCGAGAUUCAUGCACAGCAUUACUAGUACUUGAGAGAGGGACUAGAAAUGGCAAACCAGCAACUAAAGUAUUGCUCUGCCCUAAGACUGGUCGUCGGCAUCAGUUGAGAGUUCACUGUUCGCAUAUUGGGCACACGAUCAUAGGGGAUUAUACAUACAGUGAAAGACAGGACACAGAACCACAUAGAACAUUUCUCCAUUCAUAUAGACUUAUACUACAAAACGAUGUGGAAAAUCUGGACGUCAGUACGGCAGAUCCAUUUUCAAGUUCAGAGCCAAUGAAUCAGUGGAUUCCGAUACAUUCAUUACACGUUUUAGAUAGUAGCGUCUUUGCAGCUGUUGACGAGCUCAUGUUAAACAUGUCCUGA